UUAAAACUCAUCAUACUCCAUCUUUCUUGUUUUACUUAUUUUCUCUUGAUCUCUACUCCAAAAUAGCAAUGGCAGAAAAUGCUCCAAAUGGAGAAGUUCAAUCAUCAAAAUUACCCAAUUUUCUUCUCUCUGUUAGGCUCAAAUAUGUAAAACUUGGAUACCAUUACCUAAUAUCAAAUGCAAUUUAUCUCCUCAUUGUGCCAAUUCUUGUUGCUGUGGGACUUCAUCUUUCAACCCUUACUGUUGAAGACCUCAUGGACAAUCUUGCCAUGUUGAAAUCUUAUUCAACCCUUGUUGUUUUUUUGGCCACUGUAUACUUAAUGAGUCGUCCGCGAAAUGUUUACUUAGUCAAUUUCGCAUGUUACAAGCCACAUGAACGUUACAUGAUAUCAAAAGAACGUUUAGUAGAGAAGUUGACAGACAUUUUCGAUGAAGAUAGUUUGAGCUUUCAGAAGAAAAUCUUGUAUAAGUCGGGUUUAAGUGAUAAGACUUAUAUUCCAGUCGAUAAAUGGAUCCCAUCGAACUUUUCUCUCAAGAGUAACCAACAUCAAGCGAAAUUGGUUAUCAUCGGUGCCAUUGAUGAUCUCUUGGCGAAAACCGGAGUGAAAAUUCGAGAGAUUGGAUUUAUUAUUGUGAAUUCUAGUAUGUUUAAUCCAACACCAUCUCUUUCUGCUAUGGUUGUGAACCAUUAUAAGCUUGGAGUCAAUGUGAUUACAUAUAACCUUGGGGGUAUGGGCUGCAGCGCUGGACUCAUUUCCGUGGACCUGGCUAACAGGCUUUUACAGGGGCAAGCCAACAGCUAUGCACUUAUAGUAAGCACGGAGAUAGUCUCAUCAGCCUUCUAUACAGGGAACGAUAAAUCAAAGCUAAUACCAAAUAUGAUUUUCCGAAUGGGUGCAUCUGCUGUUCUCCUUUCGAACCGUUUCUCCGACCGUUGGCGCUCGAAAUAUCAACUGAUGCACGUCGUCCGCACCCAUAAAGGCGCGGACGACAGAGCAUUCAGUUGUGUGUACCAAGACGAGGAAGAGGAUGGAAAAAAAGGCAUGUCAUUGUCAAAAGACCUAAUGGCUGUAGCUGGUGAGGCCUUAAAAGCUAAUAUCACAACUCUUGGCCCACUAGUCCUCCCAAUGUCCGAGCAGCUCCUCUUUUUCGCCUCGUUAAUCUCGAGGAACGUCUUUAAGAGGAAAAUCAAACCAUACAUCCCGGAUUUCAAGAUGGCUUUCGAGCAUUUUUGCAUUCAUGCCGGGGGGAGAGCCGUGCUGGACGAGCUUCAGAAGAAUCUUGAUCUUCCUGAAGCACUUAUGGAACCUUCAAGAAUGACUCUUUAUAGGUUCGGAAACACUUCAAGCAGCUCGGUGUGGUACAAUUUGGCUUAUUCCGAGGCCAAAGGGAGGAUAAAGAAGGGCGAUAGAGCAUGGCAAAUUGGUUUCGGAUCAGGCUUCAAAUGUAACAGUGCUGUUUGGCGCGCAUUGAAGACUGUCAAUGCAGCCAAAGAAAAGAAUGCGUGGACGGAUGAGAUUGACGAUUUUCCUGUUCAAGUCCCAUGUUGACGCCUUUUACAUAUCUUGUUCAAGUACUAGCUAGAUAAACCGUAUAACAAAACCAGAAUCACUCGUGUAUAGAUUGUGCAACAAUUAUUUGUACGAUCGACGUAUCUAGAGGUCCAAAAUUGAAGUCAGAUGGGGCACCAGUAGGUUGUUCGAAUUUCAAUUUUCAUUACAAGAUUUCAGUUAGAUUGGUGACUUGAA